UACACCACACCAUAUUUUUCAACAUAAAAUCAAUAAUAAUUUCCCCUCACAAAAGAAGCAAAAAAGAAAAAAAAAUAAUUAGAUUCUAGUAUCUUCUCACUUCAAGCUCGAGCUCUGCAUAUUUCCUAUUCCUCGAUAUUGGGAAGAUUCCGACCGCCAUGGAAGGGCUGAAGCUCAAGGCCGCUGCCCGCCCUCCGCCGAUCCGAUACCUCGGCCAUUUCAAGCAGCCCGAGUCCGUAGCCGACCCUUUCGAGUUCCAAGAAUCCGACGUUGUCUGGUCCUCCGACAUGGACCCGGUUGUCUCCCCCCGGACCCCGAACUCCCCCACAAUCAUCUCCGGCAACCCGUCCCUAGUCCGGCAGCGGCCCGCCAUCAACCCAGCCCUGUCUGCCGUCUCCGGCGCUAGGCCGAUCCCCCACCAGUCCCCGCCGGGUCGGGGGGUGAUGACCGGGCCGACCAGGAUGUCGGCUCCGGUGAACGUCCCCGUCUGGCCUAAGUGGAAGGAGGAGGGCCCUGGUGGCCGGAUAUCCGGGGAGUUUGGGGACGAGGAAGGGGACUUGGGGUGCACGCAGGAGAAGAUAGUGCCGCCGCACGAGAUUGUGGCUCAGUCGCACGCGACGACGGCGUUUUCGGUGUUUGAAGGCGCGGGUCGGACGCUGAAAGGUAGGGACUUGAGGCGGGUGAGGGAUGCUGUUUUCCGGAAAACCGGUUUUCUAGAUUAAAAAACGUUUUCCUUUGUUUUCUCGUUUUCAUUUUCACUUUUAGUUUUAUAGCGUAAUUUUGUACGCACGAGCCUUUUUUUUUUUUUAAUAUGUAGUUAAUAAAUACGCACAAACCAUGUAGAGUAGACUUAUAGUGGCUAUAUCGCACGAAGCUACUACUAAUUGCAUCUUGAUGUAUACAGUAAUGCCGGCCAAUAAAUACUCGCAGUCGAUGAGACU